GGCACUGGUCCGGAGCGGCUGCGGGAGGAGAGGCUGCACAAAGGCGGAGGCAAUGCGUUGGACAAUGCUGUGUGAGUCAGAUGCACGUAUGGCACUUGCGGAACCAGUCCCCACGACUUAUUUUACUUCGGAUCCUCAAGGGAACUGCGGGCUGUCUCUGGAUGAUGUACUGCUCAACUCUUCAACUAGAACUGCUGAGGUCCACAACACUGAGACAGUUGAAGAUGUUAAGACAGAGGGAUGUCAGACAGACACGCUUGGCUUCAAAGCCUCUUCACCUCCUACCUCCAGUGUGUGGACAACGCGACGAGAUGGAGAGGUCAGACUGAGGAUGGAUGAACAGGGCAUAGGCAGUGAGGCACCAAAGACUGUUCAUGAGCUAUUCCAGGAAGCUGCUAGUAAAUAUGGUGAUUAUUAUGCCCUUGCAUCCAAGAAGGGUGGCCAGUGGAUAAAACUAACGUAUAAGAUGUACUAUGAUGAGUGCUGGAAAGCAGCAAAAAGCUUUUUGAAGCUGGGACUAGAGCGUUUCCAUGGAGUGUGCAUCUUGGGAUUUAAUUCUGCAGAGUGGUUUAUUGCUGACAUUGGAGCUAUCCUUGCAGGUGGAUUUGCUGUUGGUAUCUACACUACAAACUCUCCUGAGGCCUGUCAUUAUGUAGCAGAGAACUGUAGUGCUAACGUUCUGGUUGUGGAAAACCAUAAACAGCUGCAGAAAAUCUUAGAAAUUCAGCAUAAACUACCUCAUCUGAAAGCUAUUAUCCAGUAUGGGGAAGAGCUAAAAGAGAAGAGACCAAAUCUGUACUCUUGGAGUGAGUUCAUGGACCUUGGCAAAGAUGUUCCAGAUACUCAGCUCCGUGAAAUCAUUGAGUCGCAGAAGCCUAACCAGUGCUGUACACUAAUAUAUACCUCGGGGACAACUGGACAGCCAAAGGGAGUAAUGCUCAGUCACGACAACUUGACGUGGACGGCAUCGGCGGCAGGGCGUUUCAUAAUGCUGACAGAUGCUAAGGAAAAGCAGGAACUGGUGGUCAGCUAUCUGCCCCUCAGUCAUAUUGCUGCACAGAUGUCAGAUAUGUGGUCAGCAAUGACAUUUGGCGUACAAGUUUUCUUUGCUCAACCAGAUGCAUUAAAGGGCACCUUGGUAGACACCCUGCGGGAAGUGAGGCCAACUGCUUUUUUGGGAGUUCCUCGUGUCUGGGAAAAAAUGGAAGAAAAAAUGAAAUCCAUAGGCGCAAAAUCGUCAGCACUCAGAAGAAAAGUGGCAUCGUGGGCCAAGGGAGUCGGGUUGCAGACAAACCUGAAGCGGAUGAAUGGGUAUUCUGAAGUCCCGGUGAACUUCCGCUUAGCCAGGCACUUGGUGUACAAGAAAGUGCGAAAGGCCAUUGGGCUGGACCGGUGCACAAAGUGCUACACGGGGGCUGCUCCCAUCACCAGAGAGACGCUGGAAUUUUUUUUAAGUCUGAACAUUCCUGUGUUCGAGCUGUACGGCAUGAGCGAGAGCUCUGGGCCUCACACAAUCUCUCUACCUCACGCGUUCAAGCUUACCAGCUGUGGAAAGGAAGUCACAGGCUGCCGGACGCUGAUUCAUAAGCCAGAUGGAGACGGCAACGGGGAGAUCUGCUUCUCGGGAAGGCACAUCUUCAUGGGCUAUUUGAACAUGGAAGAAAAAACCAAAGAGGCAAUUGAUGAAGAUGGCUGGCUGCAUUCGGGUGACCUUGGCAAGCAUGAUAAAGAUGGAUUCCUCUACAUCACCGGCAGAAUUAAAGAGCUCAUCAUCACUGCAGGAGGUGAGAACGUUCCUCCCGUUCCAAUCGAGGAUGCUGUAAAAGACGCUGUUCCCAUCCUCAGCAAUGCAAUGCUGGUUGGAGACAAAGCAAAAUUCCUCGCUAUGCUUCUAACGCUAAAGUGCAAAGUAGAUGUAGAAACUGGCGAGCCAGGAGAUGAUCUCACUCCAGAAGCUGUUGAAUACUGUCAAAAACUGGGCAGCAAGGCUACAAAAGUCUCCGAAAUCAUCAGCAGCAAAGACAAGGCAAUCUACGCGGCUAUCCAGAAGGGAAUUUCAGCAGUCAAUGAGGGAGCUGUCUCGAAUGCUCAGAAAGUCCAGAAGUGGGUCCUUCUGGAGAAGGACUUUUCUCUCUUCGGUGGAGAGCUUGGCCCAACAAUGAAGCUGAAGAGAUCAGUGGUGGCACAGAAGUACAAAGACCAAAUCGCUCAGUUUUACGCGGAUGUGGAUACACCUGCCGCAACAGAGAACGCUCUUCGGCAGUAGUGCGGAGGCUUUGUGCCGUGGACUGAAGCAAGCCUGGAAGACGAUUCCCCUGCUGCCAUCCCCAGGAAGGAUUCCCUGCAUUCUGUUGAAAUAAAUGAGGCUCGGUCAUCACGCGGCCCUUCUGAAUUGCUGAACUGUAUAUUUUUUGGCCUUCAUACUGCAGUGUGGUGAGCGUGUUCGUGCCCAGUGUUUUCCUGUGUCUGUGUUCUAGCGCUGAGAUAUUCCUGAAUAUCGCUGCUUCGUAAUUUUGUCUUUCCAUUUUUACAAGGGCAAUACAAUGCUACCUUAAAUCCAUAUUACAUAUUCUGUUUUAACCAAAGUUUUCUUUUCCUGAGCUGAAUGUAAAACAAUCAGGAACUGCAACUUUCUUGCUGAGGGAGAGACAGAUUUCUUUUUAUAGCGGUGUACUUCACUCCCCCCCUGAUGCACGUUUAACUGCAUGCUGAUGGCAUCUGAAUUAUUUCAGAUCUCUUUACCCACAACCUGUCUUCUGUCAAAGAUGAAGAAUGCUGCGUGACUACACACACUGGCUCAGUGCGUAUGUGGAACCUCGUGUUCGCUGGGUUUGUCUGUGCAAUAUUUUGUGUCUGUUUUAAGUUAUAAUGAAGCCAUAAAUUGUAUUGUUAAAAUAUUAUAUGCGGCCUGUGUUCUGAGAAGCGUUUUACACAAGGGACUAUUUAUGAGGCUGCAUACAAACGUGUGUGAAAUCUGGCUGUAGUCUUACAAUCAGAGAAGUGCUGUCUGGAGUAUGGUGGAACUCCAGAGCCGUGGGGUGGGCUGAGGCUUUGCACUUGGAGAGAGGAGACGGUGUUGCUGCUCAAAGGCUGGUUCUUUUGAACGUCUGUGAUCAACCACUCUGUGAUGCAGUUGAUCAACUGCAUUCUGUGCUGGGGGGAAAGCACCCAUUACCAGUAGCGCUUGAAGGACUCUUCAAAAUGGCUCUGCAAGGCUUAGUCCAGUCUGCCCAAUGCCUGGAGGGACUGUUCAUCCCAACAGCAGCUGAAGGCUUGCUUGUAAAAUGGCUUAUUCCAAACUAGAAAUCAUUCCCUGAAUACAGGUGGAACAGCUCUACGCUUUGGUUCUGGGCAGCGUUUCCCAUGGCCAAAGGAGGAGCACCAGGAGAUGUCCGGUGCUUUGAGGGGAAGCACCCUGCAGGGGAGAGGCAUCUACACUAUUAAAUAACGCAAAUGGCUCAAGCGAGCUGCCGGCUGGGGGUCACAGCGGCUCUGUACCUACAGCCCUGCGUAGUACCGAAACCUCGCUGGGGUGGGCAGUCGCAGUACCUGGAACUGGGCACCUCAGGGGGGGUUUUAAACCCAAAAGUUUGUAUCUGAUCUGGGCUCAGUGAAAUUCCGCUUGCACAUGUGCCUACAGCACCUGGAUGGAAGGGCGGGUAAUGCACUAUUGUAACCGCUGCUGAUCUCGUGCAAACACUUGUGUUCUCAGCUGUGUGAACUUGAAAUGUCUCCAAUAAAUAAACUCUGCAGUUUGUGUC